GAGAACACAGCUGAUGGCUCGUGUUUACAUCUGGGUGUCCCCGCGCUCACAGCCUCGAGAUGGAGGAGGCAGUAAGUUCACAGUGGGCGUUGGUGAUCCGCAAUGACGGCGAGGCCAGUGUGGUGCCGCUGGCGGAGGUGUCGGCGCUCCAGCAGGACGAGGCGGCCAUCGGGGACAAGAACCAGACCAUCAUUGUCCUCCAGACCCAAGACCAGGAUAGCCUUGUGGAUGAGUCUGGCCUGAGUGAGCCGGGCUCCUUGGAAGGCAUCUCAGGGAGGAUUGUGGCCGCUAAGGAGGGUGCCAAACAUGUGGCCGACUUCAUCACUGUGUCGGCCGGGCGUGAGGAGGGCACGGUGGACCCCCUCAACAUCACCAUUGCCGACGCCCCGCAUGACCUGCCUGACAUUGGUCCUGACUCACUGGAUAACAUCCACAUCAGUGUUCUGGCACAAGGGGAAGUGUCCCACACCUUGCCCCAUAAGGCUGUAGGUGAUGCCUCGGCCCCAGUCCCCUGUGAAGGCCAAAUUCUAGACCAAACCACCACCAUCACCACUGUUGCCGCCCCUGAGUCCCCGGGGCCCAGCUUGGCAGAGUGUGAGACAGCGCCUCCAGCUCUCACACCUGCCAUGGGAGACUCCAGGAAGAGCACCAGGCUGUGGAAGCAGAGAGAAGGAAAGGAAAAGCACAGAAACCUUGGAGCAAAGUUUUGCAUUGGCCAAGACCUUUCCAAGAAGCAGAGGAGAGAAGAGUUCCACAGCAAGGUUGACAGAUGGACCCAGAAGUUGUCCUCCCCAAGUAAUAUUUUGGAGCCGUUUGAGAGGUUGGAGGCCACACUGCACCGGGAUCUGACCGCCGAGCUGGGGCUGACCUCCGGCAGGGACGUCUUCAUCAACCUCCAGCAGCAUGGGGCGGCCCGGGGGGUGAGGGUGACGGAGACCAGCCCGGGCCACAUCGCAGUGUCGGGUUCACUGGUUGAGCUCCUCGCUUCAAGGGACGUCAUCAUGGAGGAAAUCAGAAAGCUCCGAGGGCUCCCGGAGGAGGCGUUGUCCCCAAGCACAAGAGAGGUUGGCGUGAUGUGUGAGCUGAUCCCCUCGCCGGCCACCACCCGCCAUGCCUCAACCCUGGGCCUGGACCGCUCCGCUAGGCGCUAUCACUCCGUCCUCUCCCGUCCACUGUCCCCCGAGCCAAGUCCACUGCGCAGGAGGACGAAGAAGCAGCUGCUGGCCCACUCCAAGACCCGCGCCGCUGACAAGAGGCACCUCCUGAAGGGCUUCUCGGAGCGGGUGGCCAAGAAGCGAUCCCAGAGCCAGAGUCUCAAGGGUGUGGAGUAUGCAAUCAAAACCAAGAGUCAGAAGGACGUGAUCUCAAGGCACAUUUGCCCGAGCUCUCAAGAGGAGGAUUCUCAUAUUAUUAAGACUGUUGUGGGUGUGAAUACAGAGGCGAGUGGAGCCCAGACCUUACCUGAAGGUGGACAGAGUCACUCAGAAACCAGAAAUGGGGAGGAAUCUGAAAACUCUGGAAACAAAAGUAACUCAAAAGCUCUAGUUUCCAACAAAGAAAAUAACAGUGGCAGCAGUGACGGCACUGCAGCAGUACUAGGAGAUGGAGAGGGAACGGACCUUGCCGGGAAGUUGGAUCAUGCAGGACUUGAUAAGGACAGUAAUUGUUUAAGUGUUAAGAGCGAGCCUCACAGCAUUAGCAAAGUGAGAGAUGUAGUAGAGAGCAAUGAGGAAGAGAUGACAAAGGACGAGUCUGUCUUCGGCACAGACUUGGCAGCACCCAGGGACACAGAGGGCCUGGAGGACACACAGAACUCCACUCUUGCCAAAUUCAAAUUCUCGUGCAAGAUUUGUUCCUAUAAGAGCAUGAGGGAAAACCACUUCCUGAAGCAUAUGCAACUCCAUGACAAGGGCCCGGCGCUGUACAGGUGCAGCGAGUGCAGCUUUGUGUCCAUCCGGGCCAGCCACCUGCGGCGCCACAAGAUGUCCCACGCCCAGCAGGUGCUCCACUGCCACCUGUGUGCCUACACCUGCGACGACCAGAAGCUCCUGGAUAAGCACGUCAGGGUCAAGCACCACACGCCCAAGCAGCCGUCACAGUCCGAUGACAUGUUUGAGUGUGCCGAGUGUGAGUACAAGACCAGCUGGCACUAUGCAUUCCAGAGGCACCGCCGCACCCACGCCUCCUCCAAGGUGGUGGUGAUUCACACCUGCCCACAGUGUCACUACAAGACUGUGCGUCGGGAGCACUUCCUGCGCCACAUCAAGAACGUGCACCAGAACUACCGGCCCUUCCUGUGCGACAUCUGUGGCAAGGCAUUUAAGAGGCAGGACGCUCUCAAACAGCACAACGUUUCGCACUACCAGAACCUGCCCUCCAGCAACAGCGGGCAGGUGGGGCCGUACGGGUUUGUGUGCCACAUCUGCCAGAAGGUCUGCAGGUCGGCAGCGUACCUCAAGGAACACAUGGCCACCCACUCCGAGGAGCGUUCCUUCCUGUGCGAGGUGUGCGGCGCCUCCUUCAAAACGCGGUCGGUGCAGAGGAACCACGUGCAGACCAUCCACCGGCGGCCCCGGGCCUUCACCUGCACCAGCUGCGACAAGAAGUUCAACACAAAGUUUGCUCUGAGUCGACACAUGAAGCAGCACGACAACAACCUCCACGACAUGGAGGAGCUGCCAGGCCUUGACAGGACUCCACGUAUCAGCACCAGUGUUGGCCGCCUGUGUGACCAGCCAGCUGCGGAGCACCAGCUGCUGCCUCAGGCGGACACCAGCAUGGUGCAGCUGUCAAGCCGGAGACGAUCGCCGCAGCAGCCACCCUCGGCCUACCAGAUCACCAUCCAGGGCCAGCCCACCUUCCUGCUGCCACACCUGGAUGGCCGACACACGGUGCUGGAGGCCGGCCAGGCGUGCAUCACUGAGGCAGGAGAUGAGGCGGCUCUGGUGGGCGGCGAGGGUGGCGGCGGGGAGGAGCUGGCAGUCCUCGGGGAGGCGCGCGCUGGGGCGGCCGUGUCUGUGCCUGUUGGUCCUGCCACGGUGCACAUACUCAACCAGGAUUCCUUAGCCACAAGCUCAGGGGAUCUGAUUCUCUCCUCGGAGCAGUACGAUGGCGGCCAAGCCUCAACAGUGGUGGCCGGCGACACGGCAAACUACAUCAACUCAGGACACGGGAACUCCACCCUCCUCUACCUUACAGCAAACUUCAACUAACCCUUGACCCGCCCUCAGGUACCUAUGCCACCACGCUCCUCACAGUGCCAUAAAAACAAUGCUCUCUCUAUGCCAGCAGCUUUAUUUUUCUUUCUUUUUUAUCAGUAAAGGAAGCAACUCAAGGGGAAAAAUGAAUUGAUAAAAAGAAGUCCGCUAACCACUGAAAUGAAUGGCCAAAAGAGAGAUGAAUUUUGGAUGGAGAGGUGUCUUGAUUCUCCUCCUCUAUUGACAGCCCUAUCAUCACAGCUUGAGGUGGGCAGCUGUGGCGUUAAGUUUUUAGUAAUUAUCAAUCAAUUAUGACGUUUCGAUGAAAAAUGUGUCCCUGAUAGCAUUCGUGAUCCCCUGUAGAUGAAGAUUUGUUAGGAGAUAUACGUCAGAGCAUAGUUUCAAGGGGCAGGGUGUGAAAGUGUGCCGGGUCAGUCCUGGUGAAGCUGCUGCCGUGGGGUGAGCAGUGUUGGGCAGCCUCAUGAAGGGGGACGCACAUAGUUACCAUAUGGGCCUGUAGCAGAGUUGCCAGAUUAUCAUAUUCACCACACAGAAUGCUGAGGUAUAUGGUGGGGAUCAGGUGGAAAGGCAGGGUGUCCAGUGCAGAUGUAGCUAACAGAUGUGAAGUAGAGGACCUGGAAACAGUGCUCAGAAGGGAAAGACUCCGAUGGUUUGGACAUGUAAAGAGAGCAGGGGAGGAUACAGUGCUGGGAGUUUUGGAGAGAUUGGAGGUAGAAGGAAGGAGACCAGUUGGUAGACCUAGGAAAACGUGGAGAAGGUGUAUACAGGAAGACUUGGCAGUGAUAGGAUUGGACCUGGAAACGGUGCUCAGAAGGGAAAGACUCCGAUGGUUUGGACAUGUAAAGAGAGCAGGGGAGGAUACAGUGCUGGGAGUUUUGGAGAGUUUGGAGGUAGAAGGAAGGAGACCAGUUGGUGGACCUAGGAAAACAUGGAGAAGGUGUAUACAGGAAGACUUGGCAGUGAUGGGAUUGGGUGAGCAUCGGGCAGAAGACAGAGUAGAAUGGAGGAGAGCCAUAAAGCGUCCAACCGCUCAGGAAGAGUGAAAACGGACAUUAAACGAAAUGAUGAUUGAUGAUGAUGGUGACCACAUUGUAUUUAUCAUUUUGAAGCCUCAGACUCUCGUACCUACACAAAUAAUGAUUGAAAAUUAAACUUGGUAUUAAAACUUAUUUAUUGAUGUUUUUAUUUAUUUAUUUUUUUUAUUUAUUUAUUUUUUAUUUUUUGCUAGUUAUCGGUCAGAAACUAUGAAAAUGCAAUGCGAUGAGUACAAUAGUUUGGCAACGCUGGCCGGUAGCUAUGCAGUGGACAGUGGAUUUUCCUCGGUGUAGAAAUCAGUAUUAUCUCAAGCUGUUGUUAUUUAUGUGGUAUUAUGAGCUACAUUUUAGGGGGUUGGGGCUGUCAUUUUUAUCUUGUGCACAAGUUAUUGUUUUUAAAGUGAAGUUGAGGUGGUCACGUGAGCUGUCUGGAAGGCAGAGGAACUGGGAAGUGGAGAUGGAUGUGACGCAAGGCAUUUAUGGCUGUCUAACAGGAUCCAGAACUGUACCACAAAACACAUAGCAAUAACACAACACACUACACAUAACAAUAACACAUGACACAUAACAAUAACAUAACACAUAACAAUAACACAACACAUGACUCAUAACAGAGGAUAUACAGAUGAUAAAAAGAAUGACAAUAGUUUUCUCCCUUUACAAAUAUUGUCCCUUGCAGCCAGGGAUGGAGUAUUCGUAUUCAAAUACAUUCAAAUACUGUAUUUGGGUGUAUUCGUAUUCGCAUUUGAGUAAUUAUUGAUAUAAAUCAAAGUAAUCGUAUUCGUAUUCAAAUACAAGGGAAAGUAUUCGUAUUCUGUGAAUAAUCUGAUGAAUACUUCGAAAUUAUUAUCAUAAAUAACAGCCGUUGUUCCUCACAACUCCAGCCUCCUGCUGGGCGGACGUGUAAUGGUCGUGUACAGGACAGGUUCAUGAGCUCCAUUUACUGUUGCAUAACUUUGGAACAGUGCUGUACCCAGUCACAUCAAGAAGUUACUUUUCAAUGAAAAGUAUUCAUGAAUGUAUUCAUGAAUACUUUCAAGAUGUGUUGGUAUUUGUAUUUGAAUUAAAACAUUUCAGUGUAUUCGAAUUCGUAUUCGCUGGAAACUGAAUUAUUCAUAUUCGAAUACACAACUCUGGUAUUCACUCCAUGCCUGCUUGCAGCCUGUUGGUUCUUACUUGGUUAAACACAUAUUUUGGUGAAGUGUGGGACUGGAAGGUGUAAGUUUGUGUGUUCACGCAUCCGUCACAAUGAGUUCCUGAAGCGUGGGGUUGUGUGAGUUGCCAUGCGUGUGUGUGUGUGUGUGUGUGUGUGUGUGUGUGUGUGUGUGUGUGUGUGUGUGUGGAGACUUUCAUGCAGUCAGCAAAUCAGUUUACAUGACCAUUAGUUCCUGUGUUAACCCUCCGGUGUAAGGCGUUAAAUAAAGGUUGUUUAUGUAAAAAAAGGACAUUACGUAAGUUAAUUGGUCAGUAAAUCAGAACUAUUAUAUUAGGUUAAUAAUCAUUCAUUCAUUACCACAACCAUUACAACCACCAGUGUCUUUGAGUUAAAUGUUUAUAGCAAUAGAUUUACGACAGUCCAUUCUUAUGCAUGGAAAUACGUACGUAAUAGUUUGUGACAUUCAUAACCCAGGGACCUCUUGUGUAGUAUUAUUGCACCACUAAACCACUAUAGUCCAACCAUUUCAAAGAGUCUGUUUGGGCUUUCAAUUCCACGGCUACAGGUAACACAUGAGAGGGAAAAUUAGGUGGUGGGACUGUGUGGCAGAGCAGAAGGGAGGAAAGGACCCGCAAAACUGAACGCCCGAACAGACUAUUUGGAAUGGUUGGACUAUAGCUUGAGUUCCUCCUGGAUGGGGACAAAACCUGUGAUACAAUGCCGAGUUAACUUUGGCGGGACAGACAGGACAUUGGUGCAGGAGUGUGGCUUUGCUUCUUAACGACAUAACCCAACAUUGUGCCUCCCUCCAUGCUACCGUCCAGUUACCAUAGAAUCAAAGCUAUAUCAACAGUAACAGUAAUAGUGUGACAGCUCUCAGAUGUGUUUACUUCCCCGACAACCAACACAUAAAGCCUUGGAGAGUCAGAGCUUUAUUAACUAACAGUGUAACAGAUCUCAAAUGAUUUUCCUCCCCCUGCAACACACACCCAAAGCCUUGAAGAAUCAAAGCUGUAUCAGUAGUCAAUGAAAGUCCUGUCAGAUGUCUUUAAUUCCCCUGCAACAAGCACCUCAAGCCUUGGAGAAUCAAAGCUUUAUCAACAGUCCGUAGUUCUCCCAGAUGUCUCUCCUCCCCACAUGCCUUCAAGCUUUGUAGACUCAAGGCUUUAUCAAAACUAAUAAUGUAAAGCUCUCUCAUGUCCCUCCUCCCUUUCCCCGCCACAAACACUUCAAGCCUUGUAUGGAAGUGAAGGUCUAUUUUGAGGUCAGAAGUGGACUAAGCAGCACCAGUCUGUAGGGUAAGGCUGGGCAUCCAUUUGUCUGUGGUCAAAUGUGGACAAAUGGAUGCUCAGCUUAACAGUAAAAUGUAAUGGCUUUGUGAGCCAGGUCUUGAGUAUCUUACUUGCAUAAAGGACUAAGAUUUGUGCGUAUGUACUGUACUUGUGUAAAUGUUUAUCUCGUGUAAAAGUUGACCCUGAAAGGUUAUGACAGUAGUGAUAUUAGGAGCAGCAGCAGUAGUAGUAGUAGUAGUAGUAGUAGUAGUAAUAGCAGUAGUAGUAGUAGUUGUCCAGUGUUGGCUGAGGAAGGCUGGCUGACAGGUAACAGCCGUGGCCACUCUGCCAGGCCCUGGGUUGGGAGCGUUGAGGGCGUGCCAAGCCUCCAGCCUCAACCUCCUGGAAUGUUGGAUCUCCAUGUGUCAUUUCUCAGUUCUACUGUUAGCCCACAGGGAAUUUUCCUUACUGAGUUAAGGAAUCCUGUUCAAAACUCCAUUUUAUCUCGUAGGCAGUGAUUCCUUUGUGUGUGUGUAUUUAAUGUAAUUAUCUUUACUCUGUCAAGAUAUAUAUUCAUUCAAGGUAAUACAUGCAAUCUGUGUGUACACAACACAGUUGGAAGUGCAUACUUAAAGAUUAAAUUUUCACCAUAUUGGUGAUGCCGAGGUAGCCACGAUCAACAGUAGUAAGAUGUGCAGCCUUCCACAAGGUGCAGGAGACAUCACAGUGUGUUCAGAUGCAGACCAAGCCUGACCAAGGCCCAGCAAACACAGCCCUGAGUUGCCUGUGAGGCGGCCCGGCACUCACUAGGGGGCAGGCACUGCUUGCCCGCCUCACCCCGCCCACCCCAGGCAGCAGGUUGUCCAGGCAGCCACACCGUCUGAUGUGUGCAGUAAGGUCAGGGUGUCCUGUAGUGAGUGCAGGGCUGGGCAGUUCCAGCCACCCUCACCAGUCCAGUAUUUUCAUAAGGUAUAUCAUAAUGUCAUUGGAGUUCAUCAUCUAACAAGAUAGUUCAUGUCUUUCCCCAUGAAUUCUUUCAUUGCAUAAUGUAUCUUCAAAUAAUAACAAUAUGAAAAUGU